AUGCUUACUAAGAAUAAGCCAACUAACUUUGUUUCUUUUGUCAGUCCCCUUUUCCCGGUGGCCGGAGGCGAGGCAAUGUCGCCGGAAAACUCUGUCUCAGCCGCAAACGACCCGCACAAGGGUUGUUAUUAUCCUGUGCCGUUGGCCUCACAUGAAGACGUGGUCAACGAUCCCACCCUCAGAAGCUUCCAUUUUGCCAUGGGCUCCAAAUUCCAGAUUCCAGUAAUUGGGGGGAAGGAACUCAACCUGCAUGUACAGUACGCGGAGGUUACUAAAAGGGGUGGUUUCGAUAAGGUGGUGAGGGAUAAAAAAUGGAGAGAAAUAAGCGCGGUGUUUGAUUUUUGCCGGACGACAACAAGCGCUUCGUACGCUUUAAGGAAACACUAUUCCACUCUUCUCCACCGCUACGAACUCGUUUACUUCUUCAAGCUGCUUGCUCCAACAGGUACUCCUUCAUUCCAAGCAAUGGGAACCAUCGACGGGAAAUUCGACUGCGGUUACCUAGUGUCAGUUAAACUUGGAAAUGAGACGCUUAAUGGCGUGCUCUAUCAUCCGGGCCCGAGUUCCUCUAAUUCGGCCCAGCCCAUAUGCACCUCCAUCAUACCUUACACUCCACAGUUUAAUCCACCGGCCCGUAGGGCCAGAAAAAGACGUGCUGGCGAUCCGGGCCGCCCAAAGCCCAAUAGGAGUGGGUACAAUUUCUUUUUUGCAGAAAAGCAUGCAAAACUCAAGUCUCUCUACCCCAACAAGGAGAGGCAGUUCACGAAAAUGAUAGGCGAGGCGUGGAAUAAUCUGCCGCUUGAGGAGAGGGAGGUUUAUCAGAACUAUGGAGUGAAGGAUAAGGAAAGGUACCAGAAGGAAAUGAAGGAGUAUAAGGAGAGAGUGAAGACGAGGCAGAUCUGUUGAACUAUGGCGAGAUGAUGUGCAGUUGAACAGGAAAAGAAAAACUUCUAGUAAAGUAGGAGAUUCAGAAAGUGGAUUGGGAUUGAAUUGAGUAGAUUUCAUGUUAGCUGAUGAUUAUUUAGAUUUCUGAGAACAAGUGGUUUUAGAAAUAGACCUUUUGGUGAUGACUUAUUUUCAUUUUCCCCUGAUGAUGAGAUGUCUUGGUUUGCAAAAAGAUCUUUUUAAUAGUAAAGUAUGCCUGUUUGUAGUUUAUCACACAGAACAUGCCCUUGAAUUUCAAAUCUUGAUUCGUAAACUGUAAGAUGAAGUUUUUGACAAAAUAAUACCUAGUUUAGAAUACGCAUAUAAUGAAAACCCAGUUAACAACUCUUUAUCAUAUGCUAUACUCUCGUGUUGUUACAAUAUGUUGUAACCUGGAAAAUUUAUCGUAUAAAAUGAUGACAAUGAGACACAAAAGGCAACAUUCUCAAAAG